AAUGUUCGUUUUAAUUCAGUUUUACGAUGUAGUCAAUGUGGACUUUGUGGCUUGGGUAAGUAGUGAAAACACAGCAAGUUUUGGAGUGAGGCAUUGUGGGACUUUUUUUAAUAUAAGUCACGUGACUUAUUUUCCUCUGAAGCUCUGUCACCCCCUAAGAAGGGGAAAACGAAACAUAUUUUGCUCAGCUAUCUGGCUGUAAUAUGUUGUAAAAUGGACCAAAUAGAAAGCUCAAAUUUCUCUACAGCCGAGGAAGAUGAAUCUGCGAAGAAAUUAGUAUGGUGUUUGACACGAGUCGGGAAAGAUUUGGACUGGCUCCGCCUGUUCGAGAAUACAGAGGUCACAAUUGGACGUGGCUUAAAUGUCACUCACCAGCUCGUGUCCCCAAGCUGCCCCCUAAUGAUAUCCAGAAUGCACUGUAUGUUCAAGCAACGAGACGGCGGCCAAUGGACGGUGACCGAUAAGAAGAGCCUUAAUGGUGUGUGGGUGAACGGAGAACGAAUUCCUGUGGACAAAGCUCACCUGCUGAGGCUUGGGGACUCGAUAAAGUUGGGGGUGCCCAUCGUCGGCACCAAAGUGGAGUAUGAGUACAUACUGGUUCGGCAGCGCCUCGAGGACAUCAAACCCUACCUAGUGACGGGACCAAGUGAAGGGGCCUGCGCCACAUCCAGAAUCAAGAAGACGAAGAGGAAAUUUAACUCUGAACUGGAGCCUUCAACCUCCUCUAAAUCCAAGCUCUACCGCCACUCUGCCACAGACAAGUCCCAGGGCCAGCCCUACCCCACAGACGAGCCCCGGGACAAGCCAGGGACCAGGGUACGUGAGGAGGCCGGGCCCAGCAUGCGGCAGCAUCGGCGACUGGACUCGCCUCUAGAGAGACCCAGCAGUCCUAGCAGGAGUCUGUCCAGCCUGCAAAUGUACAGCCAGAACAUGCUGGUGCUGCGGGAGCGGAUGAACUUCACCCAGCGGCAGGUGGAGGCCCUGGAGGCUGAGGGGGGGAGACAGCGGGAUGACCCCCACCGGGAGGAGCAGGUGAGGGAGCUGCAGAGCCAGCUGGAGAUGCUGAGGGGCCAGCUGCACAGGAUGGAGAUGUUGGAGAGGUCCAUCAGCGAGACAGAGAACCGCCUGGAGGUGCAAAAAACACAGCAUGAAGAGGAGGGUUUAAAAAAACAGUUGGAGGAGAAGGAUUUGAAAAAGCAGCUGGAGGAGGCAUUGCAAGAGCAAAGAAAAGUCAUAGAGGAACUUGCACUCUCUCGACAAGGCUUCGAGGACGUCCUCAAGGCCAAAGACAAAGAGCUGGAGGUGACAAAGGAAGAGAAGGAGAGGGCGAGAACUCAAAAGGAGGAGGUGGUAACACAAAUGACGGAGGUGCUGGAGAACGAACUUCAAUGCAUCAUUUGUUCUGAGCUCUUCAUUAGGGCGGUGACCCUUAACUGCGCCCACAGCUUCUGCCUGCACUGCAUCAGUGAGUGGCGCAAGCGGAAGGACGAGUGCCCCAUCUGCCGGCAGGCCAUCCUCUCUCAGACCCGGUCGCUGGUGCUGGACAACUGCAUCGAUCGCAUGGUGGAGCAGCUCAGCCCAGACAUGAAGCAGAGACGCCUGGUGCUCAUCACUGAGAGGAAAGGUGAGAGCCCAGCCAGAGGAGGUGAUGGUGAUCCACGACGACGACAGUAGUAGUAGUAGCAGUAGCAGCAGCAGUAGCAGCAGCAGUAGUAGCAGCAGUAACAGUGACCUCUUCAUGGAUAGCUUCAGCUCCGUCAUCUCCCUGGAAGGGAGCGUCAUUUGGAGCUCUAGCCCUGCAUCUUAUAUCAGUGGUGAUUCAGAUGUAGACAAUGUCGAUCUUUAGCCAAUUUGACGUUGGGUGUUUCACGUGACUUUUUUUCUUUUUCUGUUACACGCAUUGUCCUGUAAGGUUGUCAGAGACGGCCGUGGAGAGUGCAGAGGAAAAAGCCCGUCCUUGACAGGAAACUAAGGCACUCAAUAUUGUACAAUAAAUGACGUUAGUGUUCAUAUAUUUGGUAACAAUGUCUUAUUUUUUUUGUGUUCAUUUAUUUUCCCAUUGAAACGGAAUAAAGUUUCUUCAUUCAU